AUGGCAGCAAACGAUCUGGUCAAAGCUGGAAUUGGUGGCGCGUUUUUCAUUUCGAAGGAAAUCAAUUACCAAAUGGAACACGACCCAAAAUGUCCUGUUUUGGUAGGAUUUACUCUAAGGGCAUCGAUCGUAUCUGACAUCAUAGUUGCUGGUAUGAACUUAGAGAAAUACGUCGCUCUUAAUCUUCGAUUCCCUUACUGGCACCGCGUCAACGUCACAGCAAGGCGUAUAUUGAACACUGCACUCGUGUCCAUCCUUGCAGGGUAUUUGCUGACAGUUAUCCGCGUUUUUUCUGAAGCGGGAAGGUUUCUUGUAGUGCUUCCGUUUGCCAUAUGCAUUAUUUCAACCUUUAUCUUCGCAGUCUCUAUUUGGAGAGUGAUCUCAAAGCUCAAUCGUCAAAUUCAAGCACAAAGUGAGCAAGCAAACGUAACAACCUUGACCAGUUCAGAGCGUAAGGCUGCCAAAAUGGCMACRUAYAUUGCUGUGGGACUUCUCUUCACUAGCAUUAUACCAUUGCUCCUGCUCACCAUGGUAAUACAAAAUAGUGAUUCAAAGAUCACGGCAGAACCACUGCUUCAAUCAUUGCCACUGUUGGGCUGUUUGAUAAACCCCAUCAUUUAUGGCUUCAUGAACCGAGAUAUUAGGAAAGCCUGCAAGGAAAUGAUCAACUGCAAGUUUUCAAAUUCUAUCACAAUACAAGUACAGCCAUGA